CAAAAAUGCUGAGCUUCUUGCGGAGAACGCUCGGGCGUCGGUCAAUGCGUAAACAUGCUGAGAAGGAGCGACUCCGAGAAGCUCAACGAGCUGCCACGCACAUCCCUGCAGCUGGAGAUUCUAAGUCCAUCAUCACGUGUAGGGUGUCCCUUCUGGAUGGUACUGAUGUUAGUGUGGACCUGCCGAAAAAAGCCAAAGGACAAGAGCUGUUUGAUCAGAUUAUGUACCACUUGGACCUUAUUGAAAGCGACUAUUUUGGACUGAGAUUCAUGGAUUCUGCGCAAGUAGCACAUUGGUUGGAUGGUACAAAAAGCAUCAAAAAGCAAGUAAAAAUUGGGUCACCAUAUUGUCUGCAUCUUCGAGUUAAAUUUUAUUCCUCAGAACCCAAUAAUCUUCGUGAAGAGCUAACCCGAUAUUUAUUUGUUCUUCAGUUAAAACAAGACAUUCUCAGUGGAAAAUUAGAGUGUCCCUUUGAUACAGCGGUUCAGUUGGCAGCUUAUAAUCUGCAAGCUGAACUUGGUGACUAUGAUCUUGCUGAGCAUAGUCCUGAGCUUGUGUCUGAGUUCAGGUUCGUGCCCAUUCAGACUGAAGAGAUGGAGCUGGCUAUUUUUGAGAAAUGGAAAGAAUACAGAGGUCAGACACCAGCACAAGCUGAAACCAAUUAUCUGAAUAAAGCCAAAUGGCUAGAAAUGUAUGGGGUUGAUAUGCAUGUGGUCAAGGCUAGAGAUGGGAAUGACUAUAGCUUGGGACUAACCCCAACAGGAGUCCUUGUUUUUGAAGGAGAGACCAAAAUUGGCUUAUUUUUUUGGCCCAAGAUAACCAGAUUGGAUUUUAAGAAGAAUAAAUUAACCCUGGUGGUUGUAGAAGAUGAUGAUCAGGGCAAAGAGCAGGAGCAUACAUUUGUCUUUAGGCUGGAUCAUCCAAAAGCAUGCAAACAUUUAUGGAAAUGUGCUGUGGAGCAUCAUGCCUUCUUCCGCCUCCGAGGCCCUGUCCAAAAGAGUUCUCAUCGAUCAGGAUUUAUUCGACUGGGAUCACGGUUUCGAUAUAGUGGGAAAACUGAGUAUCAGACCACAAAAACCAAUAAAGCAAGAAGAUCAACAUCCUUUGAAAGAAGACCCAGCAAACGAUAUUCUCGACGAACUCUACAAAUGAAAGCAAGUACAGCAAAACCUGAAGAACUCAGUGUUCACAGUAAUGUUUCAACUCACAGUAAUGGCUCCCAACAGGCUUGGGGAGUGAGAUCUACUCUGCCUAUGACUCCUUCCAUUCCCUCUGGGCCUGUGCUGGUGGAGAUAGAGAAUCUUCCAAGGAGUCCUGGAACAGACCAGCAUGACAGGAAAUGGCUCUCUGCUGCCAGUGACUGCUGUCAACGUGGUGGAAACCAGUGGAACACAAGGGCCUUGUCCCCACCCCAGCCUGCACGUAGAAACUACCCUGACUUUGUCCAUGAGCACAAUGUGAAGAAUGCAGGAGUCCAUCAUGAUGUUCAUUUUCCCCACCGUGCAGCCAUGACUGAGAUAUGAGUGUUAAGCCUCUUAGGCAUUGGGACUCUGUCAUGAAAGUUGAUGGUAUACAAGUUGAUGGUAUAAUUUUCUAGUGUUUAUAGAGGGUUAAUCACAUUAGGAGAAUUUGGGAGAAGUUAUUUUAUGUUAAGUCACUAGUUGUGUAGUGUUGUCUGUAAUUGAAUUCUUCUCUGAAAGGGAAAAGGAUGUGAAGAAGCUAUAUGCCGUCAGUGAUAAUGAUAAAUGUUUUUGUGUUGAAAAGGGUAUGUAUAUCAUUGUACUUUAGGAAAGGUUUUUCAUAAUUUAACACGUUAACACAUCACUCAGAGGAUGUCUCAGGAGAAGGUUUGUGUUUGUGAACAAGCGGCCCAUUAUCACCCCACCACCACGCCAUCCCAAUAGAUUGAGGUUAAAAGAAUCAGACACACUAAAAGCCCACUCAAAAGGAAGCAUGUCCAGGCUUGAUAUGUCAGCCUUUGGUGAUAUUUUUAUAAAACUACUCUUAUACAUUAUUUUUAAUACUUCUCAAGUCACCCAUGUCUUAAUUUCAGUUAAGUGCCUAAGAUACUAUAAUGUAAUUUUUAAUUAAGAAAACUUUUACUUUUUAAUAAACACAUGUAAUUUAAUUUACCAAAAGAUCUAGAAAUCACAUUAGUAGUGUGAUUCAUGUAGAAAGAUAAAUCUGAAUGGUUACUUUGACAUGAUUAGUUAACCAAUGGUUAACUGAAUGAUUACAUUAUUACUGAAUGGUUGUACAAAAUGGAAAAUGUAUUUAUUUUUGUCUUUUCACUUUCUUCUCUUUCAUCUCAUACAUCUGAUAGAUUUCUCAAGUUUGCAAUAGCCUCAUAAUCUGGCCUUGUACAACCUUUAAAAUAAAAUUUUGAAGCCAAAAC